AUGUCCCCCGGGGGCAAGUUCGACUUUGACGACGGGGGCUGCUACGUGGGGGGCUGGGAGGCGGGGCGGGCACAUGGCUACGGCGUGUGCACCGGGCCCGGCGCCCAGGGCGAGUACAGCGGCUGCUGGGCGCACGGCUUCGAGUCACUGGGCGUCUUCACGGGGCCCGGCGGACACAGCUACCAGGGCCACUGGCAGCAGGGCAAGCGUGAAGGGCUGGGCGUGGAGCGCAAGAGCCGCUGGACGUACCGCGGCGAGUGGCUGGGCGGGCUGAAGGGGCGCAGCGGCGUGUGGGAGAGCGCGUCCGGCCUGCGCUACGCCGGGCUCUGGAAGGACGGCUUCCAGGACGGCUACGGCACCGAGACCUACUCCGACGGAGGCACCUACCAGGGCCAGUGGCAGGCCGGGAAGCGCCACGGCUACGGGGUGCGCCAGAGCGUACCCUACCAUCAGGCGGCGCUGCUGCGCUCACCCCGCCGCACCUCUCUGGACUCCGGCCACAGCGACCCCCCGACGCCGCCCCCGCCCCUGCCCCUGCUCGGCGACGAGGGAGGCAGCCCGGCCUCCGGCUCUCGGGGCGGCUUCGUGCUAGCCGGGCCGGGGGACGCUGACCGCGCGUCCUCCCGCAAGCGCACCCCCGUGGCCGGCGGCUUCUUCCGCCGCUCGCUGCUGCUUAGCGGGCUCCGCGCGGGCGGGCGCCGCAGCUCCUUGGGCAGCAAGCGAGGGUCCCUGCGUAGCGAGGUGAGCAGCGAGGUGGGCAGUACAGGGCCCCCCGGCUCUGAGGCCAGCGGGUCCCUGGCCCCCGCGCCGCCCGCCCUCAUCGAGGGCUCGGCCACCGAGGUGUAUGCGGGCGAAUGGCGCGCGGACCGUCGCAGCGGCUACGGCGUGAGCCAGCGCUCCAACGGGCUUCGCUACGAGGGCGAGUGGCUGGGCAACCGGCGGCACGGCUACGGGCGCACCACCCGCCCCGACGGCUCGCGUGAAGAGGGCAAGUACAAGCGCAACAGGCUGGUGCACGGGGGGCGCGUGCGCAGCCUCCUGCCUCUGGCCCUUCGGCGGGGCAAAGUCAAGGAGAAGGUGGACCGGGCCGUCGAGGGCGCCCGUCGAGCAGUGAGUGCUGCCCGCCAGCGCCAGGAGAUUGCCGCUGCCAGGGCAGCAGACGCCCUUCUCAAGGCAGUAGCAGCCAGCAGCGUUGCUGAGAAGGCUGUGGAGGCUGCUCGAAUGGCCAAACUGAUAGCCCAGGACCUGCAACCCAUGUUAGAGGCCCCAGGCCGCAGACCCAGGCAGGACUCAGAAGGUUCCGACACAGAGCCCUUGGAUGAGGACAGCCCUGGGGUGUACGAGAACGGACUGACCCCCUCAGAGGGCUCCCCUGAACUGCCCAGCAGUCCUGCCUCCUGCCGCCAACCCUGGCGACCCCCAGCCUGCCGGAACCCACUGCCUCCUGGAGGGGACCGGGGUCCCUUCUCCAGCCCUAAAACUUGGCCUGAGGAGUGGGGGGGCCCGGGUGAGCGGGCAGAGGAACUAGCUGGCUAUGAGGCCGAGGAUGAGGCUGGGAUCCAGGGCCCAGGACCCCGAGAUGGUUCCCCACUCCUUGGACGCUGCAGUGACAGUUCCGGAAGUCUUCGCGAGGAGGAGGGGGAAGAUGAAGAGCCCCUGCCCCUCAUAAGGACCCUAGGGGCCUCGGAGCCUGAGCCCCUGGCCACACCAGUCCUGAGGGGCUCCUCCUCAAGGGGUCCUGAAGCUGGGUGCCUGAUGGAAGAGCGUGAGGAGCCAGCUGCCACCGAGAGGCCAGCCCAGCCGGGAGCUGCCAACCCCCUGGUGGUGGGAGCCGUGGCCCUCCUGGACCUCAGCCUGGCGUUCCUGUUCUCCCAGCUCCUCACCUAAGGCUCCUGCCUGGCCUAAUUCUGGCUUCGGUUGCUGCCUCUUCACUCCUUUGAUCUGCCUUUUUCUUUUUUCUUUUCCUCCUCCUGCUUGUGUUUUCUCCUGUCUUUUUUUUUUUUUUCUCUUCUCCCUUUCCUUUUCUGUUUCCCUUUGUUUUUGUCUCUUGCUUUUUCUUUCCUGCUCUCCUUUCAGAUUCUCUCAUUUAUUCUGGAUCUGUCUCUGUCUUCCUCGCUCCCUUUCCCACCCCAACUCUUUCUUUCUCUAGAUUGUUUACAUAUGAAGGGCUUUUCUUGCUCAGAGUCGCUCUCUUCUCUGAGACACACAAAUCUAAGUCAGACCAUUGCCCCACACCCUGCCCAUCUUUUCUUUAGACCUGAACUUGGAUGAGGGUGGGGUUUUGGUGUCCUGAGGAGUCUCCUGGAAGGUGAGUGGAAAGGAGGAAGAAAAUGGAGGACGGACUAUACUGGUCAAGGCACUGGUCGAGCUCUGUGGCUCCCUAACCCAGGGCCCUGUUGCCCCUCUGAGGCCUAGUGAAAAAGCUGGAGGAGGUACAGUCACCAUCUCUGACUUUGGAGGAUCCUAUCCCCCCUCCAAGCACUGAGAUAGGUGCUUCCCUAAUCCCAUCCUUCCCUGAAAAAGAGAUAUGGAGGGAAAUGAAGAGGGAAGACUCUUAGCAUCUCCCACGUUCUUUCCUCAACUGCCAGCCCCUCAUCCAACCCCCUAGGGUGGCAUGCCAUGUCAAGAGCAACGUGUAAAGGAAAGAAAGAGCCCAAUGCAGCCAAGUCCACCCACUGACCUCUCCCACCCUUCUCUCUCCCCUAAGAAUUUAUUUGGUUGGUCUGGACUCACUUGUGGCCUUUGAUUAAAUUUCUAAGGGGCCUGAAGAAGACAUUCCUACUGCCGAGGGUUAGAGGCACUUGAACGAGGACACCACUCCCCAGCUCUGGCGGUUGUGUUGGGGGAGGCAGUUUUGGGGAAUGGAACCCGACCAGUUAGUUGACAGGAACUCACAGGGCAGCAAAAGUUGUGACAAGCUUAAUCUCUACGUGGGUUAUAUCUCUUCCCGCAUCAGAUCAGAAUCUUGUGAAAUGGGUAAACAGAAAAAGGGAUCACUGGAAGCCAAUGUACCAUACACUUUCCAGGCAGGGCAGAGGUGGGCGGAGAGCCCUGUUUGAGGUGGUGGCUGAUCCCUGGUACUAACUUUCCCUGGGGCAGGAAGCCCUAGGAAGAGGGGACUGUAAGGUCCCCAGGGGAUCUUUCCUCCCUCCCCUGCAUGAGGCAGAGGCAAGCUGCCUGCCAAACCCCUCCCUCAAGGAAUGGCCUUGCCUGGGAAUGCCCACCACACACACACACACACACACACACACACACACACCCUCUUCUUUUUUUCUAGUCAAACUCUGUUUACUCCUUGGCCUGCCACCUUCCUUCCUCCCCUCUCAGCCUCUACUUCUGAUUUCUAUUUCAUGGAAUUUGGGAUUGAAGUUAAACUACAACAGUGCCGCCAACACCA